GUGGCAGGCACUGUGGUAAAAAGAAUUUUUUCCUUUAGGGAAAUUUGGCUGACAGAUCAACAAAAUGGUGAACGCACUCCAUCACUUCCAUGUGGCCGAUUACAUAAUAUUCAGCAUCACAAUGGCUAUUUCUAUAGGAAUUGGAAUCUAUUAUGCUUUGUCUGGAGGCCGACAGAGAACCACGUCUGAAUAUUUAGUCGGGGAACGUAAAAUGACAUUUUUACCGGUGGCGAUAUCAUUAUUGGUAUCGUUCGAAUCGUCUAUAAUGAUGUUAGGGGUUCCAGCCGAAUCUUACGUAUAUGGAAUACAGUGGUGGAUAUGUACAUGGGGGUACCUUCUGUCUAAAAUCGUUUCCAUCUUUGUUGUUGUUCCUUUAAUCCAUCCAUUGAAGAUAACCAGUAUAUUCGAGUAUCUAGAGAUGCGAUAUAAAUCAUGGUAUGUUAGACUUAUAGGUACUAUACUAGGAUUACUCUCAACGUUAUGGUAUAUGGGUAUUGUUUUGUUUGGACCAGGAAUAGCUCUAGAAGCAGUUAGUGGAUUUCCACAGUGGAUUUCAAUAGCGGCAGUAGCUUUAGCAGCUGUAAUAUACACAUCCAUAGGCGGUAUAAAAGCUGUUAUAUGGACUGAUGUAUUCCAAUCUUUAGUCAUGUUCUCUGGGAUGGCUGCCAUUUUAAUUAAGGGCACCAUAGAUGCUGGUGGAGCUGAUGCUGUCUGGAACAAAGCUAUGGAUGGUGGAAGAUUUAAUCUUUUUAACUUUGAUACCGACCCAACAAUAAGGCAUACGUUUUGGAGUUUAUUUUUUGGAUCAUUUAUAAGAGGAUUAGGAUUCGGUUUCAAUCAGCCAACAUGCCAAAGAAUAAGCUCUACUAAAAGUUUAAGAGAUGCUUACAAGGUUAUUUUCUUGACGGCUCCUCUAUUUUUCCUAACAAUAUCCGUGGCUUGUUAUGAAGGAAUUGUAGCUUAUGCUUAUUAUCAGACAGUAGAAUGCGACCCUUUGGAAUCGGAUCAAAUAACAAAUCCAAACCAGGUCAUACCAUAUAUGGUGAUGGAUAUCUUCAGAUACCUUCCAGGAAUGCCAGGAUUGUUUAUUGCGUCUCUUUUCAGCGCUUCCUUGAGCACACUCUCUACAGGACUGAGCAGUAUGUCAGCCAUUUUCCUUCAAGACAUUGUGAAAAAAAUUGUUAAAAACGAUAUAUCUGAGAUGAAAGGAACAGUUAUAGCUAAACUUUCAGUUGUUGUAAGUGGUAUUUUGGCGUGUGGUGUUGCUAUGUUAAUAGCACAAAUAGGUGGAACACUGAUACAGAUAACAGGGACAGUAUUGUCAGCAUUUGGUGGUCCUCUAUCUGGCCUAUUUUUAUUGUCCUCAUUAUUUCCAUGGGCAAACAAAAAGGGAGCUUUAGUAGGAACUCUCGUUAGUCUGGCUUUAUGUACAUGGCUUGGUAUGGGAUCUAGCUUCUCUAAAACACUAAAGAAAACUCCAUGGUUACCACCGGCGUCAACAGAUCAUUGUCCGGUUGAUAAUUUAACAUCCUGGGUUGAGAAUAAUAAUAAUACGAUUGUCAUCAAUUAUACAACAACAGAAUUUACAUCAACAACAAUAGAAACAACUUUAUUAGAUCCACAACCUGAAGGUUUGGAUAGAUUUUAUUCUAUAUCGUAUAUGUGGUUUGGUAGCAUAGGUGUUAUUACAGUACUUCUUGUUGGUUCUAUAGUCAGUUUAAUUACAGGUGUUGAGGACGUGGAUCCAAAGUAUAUUUUUCCCGCGUAUUCAUGGCUAUGUGGAUGUUUACCAAAAACUGCUCGUGAAUAUUUACAAUGUCGAAUGAUUCCUGAAACACAGGAAACUAAUGGCGAUAUUUAUAAGAAACCCAGGGUAGACAACAUGGAACUGAUCAUUUCAAACAAUAACGAAAAGUUGACCAAAAAUGGUGAAGAAGAACUGAAACAACUUUUAAAACCCCAGAGCCCAGGAAACUGAUGAAAUCUAAAUUUGUUUUAAUUAUUUCUACUUCAAAUUUCAAACUAGUUUCGGUUUUUUUAAAAAAUGGAUUGUUAAUAAAAAAAUUACAAAAGAUUAAAAAAUAUUGUAACCCGAAACACGCCAGAUCCACUGGGUUUACAAUUCCCCAUACUUCACAACAAACGAAACCCGGUGUACUAAAACAGAAAAUUUGAUUGUUCAAUAAAUUCACGUAAUCUAAAAACUGUUUACAAAAGUAUUUCAAAUUGUAAUGUUGUACAAUAUAAAAUAUAUAACACAACGCA